AUGCCUCCUCAGAUUAAAGAUGCCGGCCGAACAUCUCGUCUACGUUCCAACACCACCAACUUCGUUCCGUUCAAUUGGCGGCGUGGUAGAACUGACCCAACCUCGGCGACAGCUCCUAUCAGCCCGCCCACGAUGCCUCUGGAGGCUCUAAUUGAAGCGCUCUCUCCUCCGGCUGUGCCCUCGCUUGCCCAUGCACGAGCUCUGUGCUCUGCACUCGCGAACAAGGCCCCGAAUCCCAAUCUCGCUAAAAUCAAUUCUCUCUUGGCUUCUCUCUGUUCAUCCGAAUCCCCACCUGCAUUGCAAGCUGCGGGAUAUGACAUUCUGGCCGCCUACUGGGAGAAUAACGGGGCGGCGGUGCUUACUACUGCCGAUAGGCUCUCCUGUCUAUCUCUAUUCCUUCAUCCUGCUGUCCCGUGGCUGCCUGAGGUGUGGGAGUCGCGUUUCAAGGCGUUGGUUGCUAUCAUACAAUCCGGCGCCGAGACGGUGGGCAUGGAGAGCGCUCUGUUGAAAGUGUUAAGAUCAUGGAUUGAGGGUGCUUUCGAUGGCCUUGUGCGUCUUCAGGCCCCAUCUCCGGAGGAGAGGUUUGAGCGAGAGCGGAGCGUCACGACACUGACUGCAUUCCUCACCCGUCUCGUGAGCAAACCUGAGUUUGUGUCCAGGCUGUCGGAACAUGAUACCUCGGAAGUCUUGGAACUAUGGGUGAAGCUGAUAGACAGAGCGCUGCUCGUUCCUACAGACGAUGCGUUCGGCGGUUUCUCUUCCCAAACGGAUCUGCUAUCGCUCAAGCGGACCUCGUCGCAUGGUAGACACCAUUCGGCGGCGUCGUUACCUCAGGCUGGACCUACGAAACACCCGGCGGAUAUCAUAGUCGACGCCUAUCUGCAAUAUCUCGACACGCGGCUGAAUGCCCUUGCCCCUCUGUACCUCGAGAUGAUCCUGCCGCUGCUGUUUCGCGCUCUUGCGUUCUAUGCAACACCCCUUCCCCGGAUAUCACUUACUCCCAGCGAAUCUCACCAGCACAAUUUAGAGCAGACCAUUGUCGGCCUGCUCAGCAGCCUCGUAACAGGCCCGUACUCGUCGACUUGCACGAAUUUGCUCAAGCGAUGCCUAUUCCCUGCCGCCCAGAUCUCUCACGUCAACAUACAGACCACAGUCGGCGCGCUUAAGACACUGCGAGCAUCUAUCCGUGAGACUCUCAUCACCCGCUUGGCGCGCGCGUACAUCAUCCGAUCCAGUUCCGUUGAAUACUCUCCCGCAGGUGCUCCAACCCACCUCAACCUCGAGCGCGAGUUAAUGAAACGUGCUUGGUCGAAGGAUGACUCUGCACCGUGGGAUCUAAUCAGGUUCCGCACAGUGCUGUGUCGAGCAGUCCGGGCUUGGGCGGAUAAAGAACAGGACGGGCGCGAUGAAGUUACGAGCAUGCCGAAGGAACUGGUCUUGGACGAAAUCGCGGCCAUCUUGAAGGACGUCGUCCAGGCACUUGACCAGAAGGGGGAAAGCGAGGAGACGGAGGAUGAGGAAAUUAGUGCCGUGGGCGAUAUUCUGCGCGAACUUGUUGCUUAUGUCCGUCAGACAAAGACGCGAGACGGAAAUCCGAUCACGCUAUUCUCGCCGCAACUCGGAGAGACCUCGCCGUUCGUCAAAGACGUGUCUGCGCUGCUCGGCCAGGAUUUGAACAGCACGCCUCUGUUUCCAAUUCUACCAUCUAUCCUGCUCUCGUGUUCGGAGCUGCUUACCGACGGGGACACUGCUAAUCUGCUGUCAGUGAUGUCGGAGCGACAGUCACUCACGCCUACGUCCCCGUCGUGGCUUGAGCAUUGGAACGACAUCCUCUCGAUACCUGAUCUAUACUCUGCGUCACGGCUGAUGACACGUCAGGUGGCCAUGGACAUCAUGAGCUCCGUAUGGGAGUUUGUCAAGGAUAUAUCAGUGUAUCGCAAACCCCUCGCCGAGAUGAUUUUCCAGUUCUGGAGGCAGCAGACUGCCGGGGACAUGGAGGAUGCCACAGUCACCGUGAUUUGGCAUAUUCUGGGCGACGAGGUCGUGCUGCGCAGGGUUGAGGCAGCGGGCGAUGAAGCUUCCGCGGACCAUCAGCUCGCUGCAGACAUACUGGCGUUUCUCACCAGCAUUGCUGGUGAACGACAGGACGAUGACGAUGACGAUGACGCUGCGUCCGUCCGGACUGCAGAAAUUUCGACAAACGUAUCUCCACCGCUCGCUCCGCCUACGACAGCAGCAACUUCUCCUAUCAUCUCACGGGCGCAAUCAGUCUACCCGCCCAAAGAAAGGGAGUCAACGAUCCCAUCGGUUAUGUCGAUCCUAUCGACGCUGACCUCUGGUAACCCAGCCCGCUCGCAGUCACAACCUCCGCAAUCGGCAGCAACCGAGCCUCGCGUAGAGUCGCCUCCACCUCUUUCUCCAGUGCUUCCCCCGGUGUCGAAAACCAUGGGUGCAGUUGUCGCCCUUGUCUCCAUAUUCAGUCAGCUAGCAUUCACUGCACUUGUUUCGACCCAGAGCAACAGGGAGCUGGCGUUACGUGUGUUUCGCACUCUUAUCGACCUGUUAGAAAGCGCUGAAUGUAUCAGAGCCCGGCUCAUGGUCCUUCAGUUCAUGAUGCGUCUGAGAGUGGACCGUGACCACAGGCUUUACUUCUCAGGUACUGAUUAUGACAAGAACGGGCAGAUCUUUUCCCUUGCUACCCUCAUCAGUCGAGUCCCGCGAUCUGCUGCAUCUGCCGACCAGCUUGCACACGACCACGAUCCGCACAGCGCACGUGCUCGUGCCGUUCAAGAGCGUAACGGCAGAAGACCAUCUCGCGGGCGAGGGGGACAUCCGUCGAGGAUAGAGUCGCGGAGUCGUUCUCGAACCGCACCUCGUAUAGUUUCUCAACCGGCCUCGAUUCGACGCUUGAGGGCGAGGGAUCCGAUAUGGGCAAUCCCGGAGACGCUACCUUUUGCUAUAGGAGAAUCUGGCGUGGCCAGCGAAGGCGUCAUGUCGUAUGAUCCAUCUGGCCCUCGGCAAGGCAUUGUCCUUCCAUUGUCUACCUAUCUCAGUAAGAUGGUCGACAUCAUUGAAAACGAGAAGGAGUGGGAGAUCCUGUCCUAUGUGCUAUGUCAUUUCCCUACUCAACUGGCCAACAAGCACCUCUUCUGCGGUCCCAAGUCGCGAGUAGUGCUAGGUCGGCUGCUUACCGUCAUCUGUUCAGGCAUCGCUGGAGGGACCCUUGCUAUGAAUGUCGAGCGCUGGCCCGAGAACAUCGUCGCACGGGAUGCGCACGGUCUGGCGUAUCAUACGCUGACGGUCCUCAUCAGUUACAAGCGGUGCUUCCCAGACUUGCAUAUUCAGCAUCGUCUUGUGGAGGUAUUUCUUCUAGGACUGAGUGGCUUGCCAUCUACAAUCAAGUGCUGCUUGCAUGCUCUGUCAUUAUCAGCUUUCGAGCUCCAGCCAUCUAUGACUAGAUACGCGUCUAGAAUACUGGAAAAACUGUCCCAGAUCAUGUCAAACCCAGCCAUGGCUGUCGAUAUCAUCAAUUUCCUGGCGAUCGUGGGCUCUAUCAACAGCUUGCACGCGAAUUUCACGGAAGGUGACUACAAGAUGGUCUUCGGCGUUGCGUUGCAAUACCUGCAGCAUCACAAUCAUCUUGACGAUACCAUGCCAAUAUCCUGGGCUUUGUCUCAGCAUGUUCGUAUCAUGUCAUACUAUAUCGUCUACCUCUGGUUUCUAGCCGUUCGCCUGGCGGAUAGGCAUCGCCAUGUGAAGUUCAUCUCAAGGCAAUUGCUGCUCGCGAACGAGGGUAGGGACGACAUAGACGAAUAUACUGAGGUUUGCUUCGACUGGCUUGCACGCUACACGUAUGCAAGUGCGGAUCCUCGACCUGCUCCAUCUAUGCUCGGCGAGAUCGUCAUGAACCCGAGCAUGCAACGACAGUCCACUGAAUCUGCCAUCAGUGAGAAGACGUGGGUCGCGGGCAAUGCUGUGAUCACCAUCCGCACGUUGAAAAAGCGGGGUUGGGUAGAGGUGCUUACUCGUCGCUCAUCUGGGCUCACCAAGUUCCUCUGUCGGGCAGAAAAUGUUCCAAUGAUACAAUUGGGCGAUGUUGACCCUGACUUUGUCUCGGUCGUUGCAACCUUGACUCUCGACCAAGGCUUGCAGGAACCAGACACCGCGUCUACAGUCGGGGCAUCUUCAAACGAGCCACCUUUGGUGAGUCGUCCUUGUCUGGUUUUGCAGCAAUCACUUGUUGCCCUUGGCGAUGGAGAGACGCCCGUGUCAAAACCUGACUCUAUCACUGGCUAUGUCUGGAGUGGUACGGCACCAUCGCAGAGGCGCAAAGAUGUGGCCAUCUUGCCAUCCUAUUUUGCUCUCCAGCUCUCCUCGUACCCGGACAUUCCUGCCACUUUGCACCAAGUUAACGAUUUCAAUCGGGCAGCAAAGUUCUUCCAGUCCUUGGACCGGAUGCCAACCAUUGACACCCACAAAGUUGGUAUCAUGUAUGUGGCACCUGGACAAAAUUCCGAAGGCGAGAUUCUCCGGAACAGCCAUGGCUCUCCGGCAUACAGUCGCUUCUUGGAAGGAUUGGCCAGGCUCAUCAAUCUAUGUGGGCAAGUGGACGUUUACGCUGGCGGACUCGACCCAGAUGAAGAUGGCGAAUACGCCUAUGCGUGGUGGGACGAUAUCGGUCAGAUCCUCUUUCAUACAGCUACUCUUAUGCCGUCGUCAGAUGAUGUACAUUCUACGAACAAGAAACGCCACAUCGGUAACGACUACGUCCGGAUCGUAUGGAAUGACUCCGGCAUGCCUUACAGAUUCGAUACGCUAGUCACUCAGUUCCAGUUUGUCAAUAUAGUGAUCGAGCCUCACUCUCGCGGAGCCAUCGCCGCCUUCUCGAAUAAUCAACAUGAGAAUGAAUACUUCAAAGUCAUCGUGCAACGUGCCCCUGGGAUGAGCGACUUCACCCCUAUAGGCGACUUCAAGCUGAUCUCUGCUGAGAACUUGCCUCUCCUUGUCAGGCAGCUCAGCCUCCUUACGGACUGGUUCGUCUCUAUCUUUCAGCACACACAGAAUGACACCGUACGCGUCGAGAUCACAACGAACUGGGUUUCACGAUUACAAGCUAUCAAGAGGUUCAGGAUGCAAGCGAUCACUUCAAGUGAGCCUGUUCCUACGGAGGAGGGCGUAAUGGGGCAGACGUAUCGAGAUUUCACGACAGCAUACUAG